CUUUUGAAAUAAAGCUCAUUACUAUAUUAAUUGUUUUAGCAGCUAUAACUAAGAGAGCUCAGAUUCCUUUCUCUUCAUGACUUCCUGCUGCUAUAGCAGCUCCUACUCCUGUUUCUGCUUUAGUUCAUUCUUCUACUCUUGUUACUGCUGGUGUUUAUUUAUUAAUUCGUUUUAGACCAAUAUUGGAUACUUAUAAUUGUGGUUGAUUUUUACUUUUAAUUGGUUGUAUAACUAUAUUUAUGGCUGGAUUGGGCGCUAAUUUUGAGUUUGAUUUAAAGAAGAUUAUUGCUCUUUCUACUUUAAGACAACUUGGUUUAAUAAUAAGAAUUUUGGCUAUAGGUUAUCCAAAGCUUGCAUUUUUUCAUUUAUUGGCUCAUGCUUUAUUUAAGGCAUUAUUAUUUAUAAGUGCAGGUUCAAUAAUUCAUAAUUUGAAGGAUUCUCAGGAUAUUCGUUUUAUAGGAUCAAUUGUUAAUUUCAUACCUUUAACUUCAGUUUGUUUCAAUGUUUCUAGUUUAUCUUUGUGUGGAAUACCUUUUUUAGCGGGAUUUUAUUCAAAGGAUUUAAUUCUUGAGAUGGUUUGUUUAAGAUGAAUUAAUUGUUUAAUUUUUUUUCUUUAUUUUUUUUCUACUGGUUUAACUGCUUCUUAUUCUUUUCGUUUGUUUUAUUAUUCAAUAUCUGGUGAUAAUAAUUUUUAUUCUAGAUUUUCUUUUGAUGAUAAGGGUUAUUAUAUUUCAUUUGGAAUAAUUGGUCUAUUGUUUGUUGCUGUUUUUGGUGGUAGUCUUUUAUCUUGAUUAAUUUUUCCUAUUCCUCAUGUGAUUGCUUUACCUUAUUAUUUAAAGUUUUUAACUAUUACAGUUGUUAUUUUAGGUGCUUAUUUAGGUUAUCUUAUUUCUAAUUUUGAUUUUUCUCAUAAUUUAUUUUCUUUAAAUAUACUUUCUUUUGUUAGAUUUGCUGGUUCUAUAUGAUUUAUACCUUUUCUUUCAACUAAGUUUAUUAGAUAUAUUCCUUUAAAAAUAGGUUAUUAUUCAUCUAAGUCAUUUGAUUAUGGUUGAGGUGAAUUACUUGGUGGUCAAGGUUUAUAUAGAUUAUUUAUUUAUUUAAUUGGUUAUAUUCA